AUGCUCGGACGCAAGACGAGCGAACCCUCUGCAGCCCAACCGCCGCCCGUGUCGCUGAGUUCUGAAGACGACAGCAGCAAACGGAAUACGAGUACGAAUAAUACGAUUACUCUUCAUAAACGCGUCCUCAAACUCUCCAACGCGUCUUCUCGCCGGGAGCCACCUGCUGCCCCGUCCAUCUUUUCCGACGCCGACGUCGACGGUCCAGGAGCGACGGCAGCAUCGGCGGCUGCUUAUUACUCGAGGAAUCAGAAUAUACCGCAUCCGUACGCAGAUAUUGAUAUCAUUGCAGAGACAAACUCUGCCCCUCAUUCGACCUACGCCGCCAGUCCAGUUCCUGCUAAUCGUCCCUCUUCUUCCGUCGCCGCGGUAGCGCCAAACACGCUCGGAGUAGCAAAAGAAAACGAAGACGAUUUCGAUCCGUCGCUCCUUCACGUCCUCUCCGAGGCAGAGUCGGACGUACAUUCUGUUCUUUCUGCCCCAGGCGAUCUUUCCGCCCACCGCGACCCGUUUGCAAGUCUCGGUCUAACUCCCAUCUCGACAUUCCCUAGACGCGACAAGGCCGCUCAGAUCCUUGGAAUCCCCCACAGACGGAGUAUGGAACCCAUUCCGUCACCCAGUGCCCCCGCCAACGUAGCCAAAUCCUCCAACCGCUUUACGAGCUUUGGAAGUCGUUCUGCGACGGGAGGAUACACCAACCCACACCCAACCAUCCCCGAGGGCGGUUCGAACAAUCAUUUCCAGACACAUUCUCACCGCUACGACUCGAAUGCAAGGACGGACAGUUUUAUCAGCGCAACAGGCGGACGAAUGCGUGCGCUCUCCGGCGCAACGACCAAUACACAAAUGGCAGGCCGUUUCGGGGCCCUCUUCAAUGCCGAUCACAAUUCGCCGCCCACGCCCCUGUCGAGUCUGUACCUCGUCGCAGGUCUCCCAAAAUCUCAUCAUGCCUGGACGCUCGCAGACCCAGACUCUGUCCUCGGUCUGCAGCAUACGGAUGGCGCCGUCAACAAAUGGUGGCGACCAGAGGUCCUCGGCUCAACCGUCUCCCCCGGUGUCUUGCCCACGUCUUCUAGCGCAAAAGAGACAACGAGCGGAGCUAUGAACGGCAACAGUAGCAGUAGCGGUGCCAACGGCGCAUCUUCUUCGACGCCUAUUGCCGCGGCAAAUGCCACCGCGGGUUCAAAGGCAAACGGCGCGGGUGGCGGCCCAAACGGUAAUGGGGCUACGCUCGCCUCGUCUAGUGCGUCGAUUGAUACCAAAAAGAAUAAGCGUCGGCAACGAUCUGGGACGAAUGCGACUAUUCCGACCAAUGUCCCCAACCCGCGUGACCCUGGUGCGGGCAUUGGAUUGUCGAAAUCUCAAGUUGCAAAGAUGCUCUCCAAGGCCCUAAAGUUGAGCUUUACGCGCGAGGUUGAGAUUAUCGCUUCGACGCUUCAGCCGCCCUCGACUGUUCACUCGUUUACGUUUUCGCUUCCGACGCCCGUCGACCGUGAGCUUGGGUUGCCAAGUACGGUGCCUGCGAAUACGGGUGUAGGUGGUGGCGCAGCUGGACGGAGCAUGGGGGAUGUCCGAAGCAGUGUUUACAGUGCGACAACUGGGAGGAUGAUUGGUCCAGGCGGGAUGGGGAUGAAUGCCGUUGGCAUGAUUUCGUCUGCGCGUCCUUCUUCGACCUAUCUCGGUCCGACGACGACACCUCUCACACCGGCUGCUCAAGAGGCCCUUCAAGCGGAGAGUGCGAGUUCUACGACAUACUAUGGUGUCUGUUUGACUGUGUGGAGCCAUGCAGACGAGGAACGUAGCCGUGCGAUUCGCAAGACGAUGGAGCUUGGUUUACGCUCGAUGAAUGCCGACGGAAGCGUGAGGAGAGGAAAGGCACGAGAGAAGAAGGAUAGUCUCGUACCGCCCAAUGGCAGUCAAGCCGGCCAGGCACGCUCGCCCGCAAAGACGAACAGGAGCCUCAAAAUGUCCAACCCCGAUGCACCCGCAUGGAGUGGAACGGAUAUCGAGACCGAGGCAGACGACCUCGAGUUUGAGGGAGAAAAUGAAACGGAUACCGGAGGGAUUAGCGAAAGCGACUGGGAAGGUAGAAGUCGCAAUGGAAUUCGAGGGGAUGUCGGAGGAAGCACGCUCUUCCUACCAGGCGACACGAUCUUCUGGCUUCCUUAUGCUCUUACACUCGUCUCGCGCGUCCCUAUCUACGACCUCAUGCGUGACUUCCUCACGUUUUCGUGGGCCCGUUUCUCCAAGGAUGUGCAUUCGCAUACUCUCCAGAUUGCCAAAAUCUUGUCUGCGCCCGUUCCCAAGCCCGGCGAACUCAUCAAGCUCGAUGCGAGCCCACCCGAAAAGGACAAGCCUACCGACCGUAGUGGACGUGCAGUCGCUGCUGCUGCCAACUCGCUCGAAAUGAUCUGCCGUAUGCCCGGUGGACUCGACUUUGGUCGAGGAUUGGUCGACGUCAACUUCCAGAUGUGGCCACUCUUCUGCUGUCUCAGCCUCGACAAUAUUCUUACGUGCUGUGAAAUUGCACUCUCACCGACGGGACGCGUCCUCUUCCUCUCCAAGCACCCUGCCAUGCUCGGUAUCGCCGUUUCUACGAUCAAGUACCUCGUCGAGUUGCGCGGAUGGAAUGGAAUCGCCCUCCAGGCUGUUCAUUCGCGUGAUGCCAAGAUUUAUCUCGAAGAUCCCGGACCGUGGAUUCUGGGAUUGGCUACCGAGGCUCGCUAUAUUGCCAGGACGUCGCCAGAGGUGUGCGUUUGCGACCUGGACAUCAACUACGUAAACUGCCUCUCGCCACCACCAGGACACGUUUCGACCAAGGGACGCCGUGAUCGUUACCGUCGUAUCCUGCUCAGCGCCUUUGACGCUUAUUUCCACCCCGACCACUCUGUCCCAUCCGAGUUCAAAGAGGCCUUUCCAGCUGGUCGCUUCCGACCCGUUGUCAAGAUCCAGAGCCGUCGAGGCGCGAGCAGCAGUGUGAGCACAGAGCUCAUCAACCCACCAGAUUGGUGGAACUGGACCCGCGUCGUUGGCGCGUUCAACGAGGUUCUUCAAGAUCGCGACAAGCCACUCAGUUUGUUCAAGCGCAUCACGGCGCUGCGUGGACCACGACGACAGGCCAAGCUCACGCCGGCGGAAUUGAUGAUCCAGAUGGCGCUCAGGAAGCGUGCUUCGGCGUUUGUGGAUGCAAGAGACGAUUUGGAGACAAAGAUUGGUCGUCUGUCGAGACGCUUGAACUUUUUGCUCACCGAGAGCGAUCUUUGGAGAGAAAAGUUUGUCCAGUUCGAGGCAUAUGCGGAAAAAUUGAGCGGGGAAGCCAUCGACUUGCGUGCCAAGAUCAACAAGGAGCAACGAGAGAGUCGCCGCCUUACAAGCCUUGUCACUCUUACCGCUCAAGAAAAGGCCAAGCUCCAAGCCCAACUCUACGAGACCGAAGGUGCCCACCGCGCUGCCGUCGUCGAGCUCGAUAGAAUGAAGAACAACAUGGAAAAGAUGGAGCUUGAACGUGCUCAAAUGGUCGCCGAAGUAGAAGCUCAAAUUGAGCGGGCUCUCCAGAGCAUGAUGGUCGGUGACAGUGAGGGAGAGUGGGAUGAAGACGACUUGGACGAGAUCCCCAACGACUCUAUGUCUAUGGGCCGUGUUCGCUCGCCCGUACUCGACUCUGUCAGCAAUGGCGGAUACGAAUCGCGCCCCGUCUCCCCUGGCUCCAUCGUCUCAUCCCAUCGCGGAACGAAGAAGCGCUACCACCAAACGACCAGUCGACCAGGCACCUCGCACUCGCUCAGCGAUGCCAAGAGCGCAAACGGCGGUCGUCUCCGCAACUUUGGCACCGCGACUACGUUGGCAGAGAUUGCGGACAGGCUAGAGCAGGUGAAACAGGUCCACGCUAAGAAGUCCAAGGCGUCUUCCCUUCAUGGCCACGGCCGCAAGUCUCGUGCGUCUUCGGUGCACCAUGGCAGUGAACGUGGUCAUCGUCUCAAGCCACAAAAGAGCGAGCCCAAGCUCAGCGGGGAAGAGGCUGGAGACGAGGAGAGCAUGUCAGAGCGCGAACGUGCCGAGCAGGAACAGGCGUUGAAGAUUGCUACCAAGCGCUUCUCAACCGGUGCUGCCGAAGGUGGACAAGACGGGACGACAGGUGGCGAUGGCAUGAUGAGUGCGGUCGAUGCGGGUAUCGUCGAGAAGAGUGACCGCAUCGCGGAGAAGAUGAAGCAGAUUCAAGAACGCUUCGAGUCUGCGCUCGCUGCAGAGGAGGCGGCCGCUGUCGACGUGGAAUCGGAGAAUGACAAGGUUCCAACACCCGAAAUGGAAGCAAACGCCAGUGGAUCCGAGGAUGAGGUGGAAAAGUUCCAGCCUGCGCCUCUGACGUCGAUUACUUCACGCCCACGACCGACUCGUGCUGCUCGCCCUUCGGCACCGAGGCCAAAGUCGAGCGGAGGCGAUCCCCAUACUGGCUCGAUGCCACCUACCCCUACCACAAUCACUCACCGUGGCCCCUCUGGACGACGAGGAACACUCUCCAGUCUUCAUGUGGAUACUGAAGCAUGGCGCCAGUCUGUUGCGACUGCGCACGAAGAAGAGCAGUGGCGUGAAUCGUCCAUCACUGCUGCUAUGCCUGAAUACCGGCCUUCGCCAGCCUUGAAGGCAAAGUCGACAGGACAACCAUCGCCAGUCGCCUCUCCCAAGACACUCGUCCCUCAUCUGAAGCGUGUCGCGAGCGGCGCCAGUGUCGGUGCUCUCGUCUCUUCACCUUCGAUUCCCACUCCUCCCGUCAGCGCGCAUACCAACACGACGAUGCACAGCGACUCGAUGUCGUCGGGAGCGAUUCAUCAUUCUAGUUACUCUCGUUAUCGUCCUGAAUCUCGAGGCGGCAUUACCACUGAUGGAGAUUCGGACGCAGACUUUCAAAGCGCCUACUCGACCAGCCCUCGCAUGACGCCGGUUCAAGGCAACAGCGACUUGGAAAGGAGCAACAGCGCAUUCGGUCGACGAGCCGGGUCGCGAGCCGGUUCGCGUCAAGGAACCACCUUUUCACAAAAGAUUCGUCCCCCAAGCAUCGCUGCGACCACGUGGAGCACCGGUGCCGUCGGAGGACUUGGUCUCUCUGGGACCGAGAUUGAGACUCGCUCAAGAGCGAGCUCUGUCAACACCAGCAACGGCAUCGCCUCUGGCGAGCGAAAGACGUCGAGCACGAGCGGCAGCGAUCACACCGUCGCCCCCGAUCAGUCUUCACCUGGAUUCUACGAAACCAGCCGUGGUCCACACCCGCCCGUCGUCAGCCUCAACAACCGAGGAGUGAACAGCCUCAAGAAUCGACGCGACAGCGGCACACCACUCAUCAUGGGCGCCUUUCCUAUGGAUUCCGACUCGUGA